CAGGUUUCGAAUAUAAAAUGGUUAAAGUUAGUGUAAGUGAGGGCGUGUUAGAAGGUACCCGUGAGAAAAACGAAUACGGCGGCACUUUUUAUAGUUUCAAGGGAAUUCCGUAUGCUGAGCCUCCACUAGGAGACUUGAGAUUUAAGGCGCCACAACCACCAAAACCAUGGACAGGCGUUCGAAGCGCGAAAGAUUUUGGUCCAAUCUGCUACCAAAUGAAUCCUAUAACAAAAACCCCCUGGGGAAGCGAAGACUGCCUGUAUCUCAACAUUUACACGCCAAAUAUUAAGCCGGAAAAGCCUCUGCCGGUCAUGUUCUAUAUCCAUGGAGGCAGUUUUGCCAUCGGAGGCAGUAACGAUGACAUGUACGGACCAGAAUUCCUCAUCAGACAUGAUGUUAUCUUAAUCACCAUAAACUACAGACUUGAAGUCUUAGGUUUCCUUAGUUUAGAUUCCGAAGACGCGCCUGGAAACGCUGGAAUGAAAGACCAAGUACAAGCCAUGAGAUGGGUUAAGAAAAACAUUGGCUUUUUUGGAGGUGAUCCAGAAAAUAUCACAAUUUUUGGUAACAGUGCUGGUGGCGUUUGUGUUUCUUUUCAUUUAAUGUCGCCAAUGACUAAAGGGCUAUUCCGCAGAGCGAUCAUGCAGAGUGGAGCGUGCACUUGCUUUUGGUCAAUGCCAUUUGAACCUCGGGAAGUGGUUUUAGCUUUAGCGAAACAGUUGGGUUGCCAUUCGUCUGACAACAAAGUAUUGUAUGAAUUCUUCAAAGCCCAACCAGUUGAUUCCCUGAUCAAUCUACAAAUACCAACAACGAUGGCGAUCAAAGCUAAGAAUUCUUCUGAAAUAUAUUUCGCAGUUGUAAGCGAGAAGAAUUUUGACAAUAUCGAAAGGUAUUGGAGUGGGAAUUCAUAUGAUGGUGUCCGAAGCGGGAUACAUGAGGGAGUUGAAGUAAUGAAUGGCUAUGUGGAGGAUGAAGGCAUAAUGACUGCUAUCAUGACCUGUAGAAACGACUUUACCGUAUUAAUGCCAAGAUUCAACCAAUUUCUAGAAGAAUACGUCCCUAGACCAAUAACCUGGCACUGUACACUUGUAGACCAAUUUGAAGUUGGACGGGAAAUCAAACAGUUUUAUUUCCAGGACAAGAAAAUGACUUUUGAAGUUAUAAAUGACCUGGUAAGAAUGUUUUCCAUGGCAGCGAUGGUCUACGACAUUAUUCAAUGGCAGAAAAUUACCGCUGGCUCCAGUUCGAACAAGUUAUACUUUUACCGGUUUACUUGCAAGUCGGAGCGGAAUAUUAUGGCGAACAUGUUUGGGUAUUGGAAGGUAGUGGGGGAUAAGAAGACUACGUGUCACGUGGAUGACCUGGCCUACCUGUUCCCUUGUAAGGGCCGGAUAAAGAGAACGGAGCCAGACUCGAAGACGUUCCAAAUGAUUAAUAAUGUUACUAAAUUGUGGACUAACUUUGCUAAAUUUGGAAACCCAACCCCGGAUGACAGCCUAGGAGUGCAGUGGACACCAUUCACUUUGGAAAAGCAAAACUACUUAGACAUUGGCGAACAAUUGAAGCUCUGCGCCAAUCCUGAAGACGACCAACUUAAAUUCUGGGAGGACAUUUACAAGCGCUAUUUACCCCAUCGAUCGCAUAUAUAAAUAAAUAAUUUAUUGAUACG